UCCUCCUGGAGUAUCCUGAGCACUGCCCCUGCUGGAUCACUAGGUUCAAGAGAAGAGAAGCAACCGGGAUGAGAAAAGCCACACGAGCCUCAUGUCUAUGGUGUGUUGAACAUGAAACCGGUUCAAAUACAGGAACACAGGUCGCCUGAAGAAGAUUUGCUUGGCUUCGUUCUUGGGGACCGAGGACAACUCUUUGGGGUGAGGAGACAAGUGAUAAUGGCCGGUGAUGAGGGUUGAGGAGGCACUAAGUUGGCAAGGCACACCAAAAGCAAAGGAUACCGCGCAUCUAUGUGCAUGCCACUUUAACACCAGUACUAUGGAUAUGCCUGAAAAUACGUCUGAUAUCAACAAUACCCUCUUACCCUCUUCUGAGCCCCAUGGAGCCCCUGGAGUGGGGCAAUAUUCGGUGACUGCUGUCUGGGGUCUAGCAGCAAUCGUGGGAUUUCUUAUUAUAUUUACCAUUGUGGGAAAUGUAUUUGUGGUUAUUGCAGUGCUGACAAGCAGGGCACUUAAAGCCCCCCAGAACCUUUUCUUGGUAUCUUUGGCAAGCGCAGAUAUUCUGGUGGCUACAUUAGUAAUGCCCUUUUCUUUGGCUAACGAGCUCAUGGGAUACUGGUACUUUGGCAGCGUAUGGUGUGAUAUCUAUUUAGCCUUAGAUGUUUUAUUUUGCACCUCCUCUAUAGUUCAUUUAUGUGCUAUCAGCCUGGACAGGUACUGGUCAGUGACACAGGCUGUAGAAUACAACCUAAAGAGGACCCCUCGGAGGAUUAAAGGCAUCAUUGUCAUAGUCUGGCUUAUUUCUGCUGUCAUCUCCUUCCCACCUCUAAUUUCUAUGGACAGAGACCCAGAAGAUUAUGUAUACCCUCAGUGUAAAUUAAAUGAUGAGACCUGGUACAUCUUAUCUUCGUGCAUAGGGUCAUUCUUUGCCCCUUGUGUCAUAAUGAUCUUGGUGUACAUCCGCAUUUACCAAGUAGCAAAACUGAGGACCAGGACUUUAUCAGAGAAGAAACCUGCUACAGACUGUUCUUCUCACACAGAGAAUGGCUUCAGCAAAGGGACCUCUUAUAAAAUGCCAGUGGAGAAAGAGAAUGGGCACUACCCAUCUCGACCAAGCCCACCCAGAGCCACAGAUCUAGAUGAUGUGGAGCUGGAGGAGAGUAGUGUAUCAGAGAGUAAGAGGAGGAAGAGCAGUAGCAGAGAUGAGAAUACAGACUCCAGCAGGGACAAGAGGACAAGUAAGAACAAUUCCUUCUCCAAACAGUCCAGCCGCUUUUCUAGGUCCAGCAACAAAUCUAUGGACCUGUUCUCCUCCAGGAAGAAGAAAAGGAGGAGUAGCAUCUCCAGGAGGAAAGUCACCCAGGCUAGGGAGAAGAGGUUUACAUUUGUCUUAGCAGUGGUUAUGGGGGUAUUUGUGGUUUGUUGGUUCCCAUUUUUCUUCAGCUAUAGUUUAUAUGGGAUUUGCAGAGAAGCCUGUGAGAUACCCGAAACGUUAUUUAAGUUUUUCUUUUGGAUUGGUUACUGCAACAGCUCUCUCAAUCCCGUCAUUUACACCAUUUUCAACCAGGAUUUCAGACGUUCCUUCAAAAAAAUCAUAUGUCUGGGCAAAAGGAAGACCUUUGUACAUUGAAUGGGUCAAAAAAAUCAUGUCCCCACACCAAAUUUUGGAAACAGGGCUAGACAAUUUUCCAUGUAUCAUUGUAAAUGGUGUAGACUACAACUCAUAUACUUCUCAUUAACCUACUAAAAGUGAUAGGUGUUGGAACAACAGAAGUUGUCAAUAUCCUUGUUAGCAGUGUGGGAACCAAGUGUAACCAGGUGGGAACAAACCAUUGGACAAAGGUCAUUCUUUAUUAAGAGUGAUGGAUGAGUUUGCAAAGUGAUAAUGUCAGUAUUUGCGGACUGAAUGUACAGUCAGGAUGCCUCCAGCAUCAAUAUGUUCUAUUUCCCUACAUUAUCCCAACAUCCCAGCCAACUCCAUCCAAGGCAAGCAUUUGCCCUGUAUCACUGAGCCGCCCCACCCUUCAAUCACCAUCAACACAUAACACACACACAGAACAUGUGCAUCCUUGUCUCAUCUUACAAUUUUCUACUAUUAGAGCAGCCAUUAAUACAUGGGGCUAUGCUGUAUUCUCUGCCUUUCAUCAAAUUACAAUGCUUACUUUACAGACACCUUUUACAAAAUAUCUGACUAUGUAAAUCUGGAAAAUAUAUUUGAGAAUAAAAAAACCUGCUAUGUUUUGUUAA